AUGUGGAUGCUGCGCUCGCUCCUGGUCCUUGUUCUCCUCGUUCCGUGCGUCUCAGCGCUGCCAUCGCGCGUACCAGACGCUCGACGAUCAGCGAGCUUGGAACCAGUCGCUGCUGGAACAGUUCCUCAGUUCCGGCACGCGCACCAAGCGCCACGCCGACGACAAGCAGCAGACGAGCUUCCAGCUUCAGCUCGGUCAGGAUAUCUGGAUCGAGAUCGAGGCGCAAACGCUGCCGCCAGACGCGCACAGAGAGGAGGAGCAGGAGGGUACGGUAUCUCGCAAGCCGUCGUUGGCAAGUCUCGUCUGCGAAGAGACGAUGUUUUCCCCACUGUUGUAGCUGUCGACUCGGCCACUGCCGAUGCUCCCGCCGAGGAGGAUGGCCGUACGCUGACAAUCGUGUUUGAAGAAACCAACGGUACAGAGUCCGCGAUGACGGUCGCUGCACCACCGACAAAACGCUGGGGCCAGACGGCUACGUACCUGCCCACCCACAACCUCGUCCUCGUCGUGGGCGGACAGACGACUCUGGCAGGCGAGAUCACCAACGACGUCUACGCCCUCGACGUUGCCGACAUGUCUGCUGCCAGCUUGGCCUCCAACUCGACCGCCCAGUCGUGGCAGAGGCUGUCGUCCGAUGGCUUGCCCGCACACGCCUACGCGGCGGCAAGCGCCGCUGUCGACCCAGCCGAUGGCACCGAGAAGCUCUGGAUCCUCGGCGGCAUCACGCAGGACUGUGCGACGGACGCACCGGCCUACGUGUGGUCUGCACCUGUCGGCAACGCCACUGCUGGUACAUGGGCUGCUGUGCACUCGGAUAACGGAGUUAUUCCGGCUCGAAGACGCGGGGCCAAAGCGGCGACGCUCGCCUCGGCCAACUCUACGUCGAUCAUGGUCUCUGGUGGCUACUUUGAUGCUACCACCUGCGCGAGCUCCAACGGCACCUACAUGGGCGUCGACAUGUGGAGUUAUUCGUCGUCUUCUGUCCAUAGCAACAGUGCCAUCGAGACAGCGCACGUCGGCAUCGACAUGACGGGCACAGCCUAUGCGUCGAUCCAGUCGCUCGCGCUCGACUCUCGCAUGCGCGACUUUUCGCUGACCGACUACACGACCGUUGUGCUCCCCGCCAACGGCACCUGUGGCGAGAAAGUGCUCUUCCUCGGCGGCAAGGAUCAGACUGGCUCCAUGGCACCCCUCAACAAGUUCUGGGCGCUCGACGUCGCCUCGGGCGACUGGGAGCACUGGAACGCCACCGGUCUUAUCCCCUCAGGCCGAAUGGGCCACACCGCCGUCGUCACCCCCGAUGGCAAAGUCAUCCUCCACGGCGGAUACCUCCAAGACCCUACCCUUUUCACUACCAACAACGACCCCAUCAGCGAGGUCUUCAUUCUCGACCCUCGCCAAACGCCCGCACGGUGGGACGCGGCGGUGUGGACCUCCGCAUCAUCGAGACCACCCGCGCUGGCUUACCACUCGGCGGUGAUGGCGGACCAAAUCAUGAUGGUCUCAUUCGGCAAGGUCAACGACGGCCCCGUGGGGUCGUAUGCCGGACAGAGCUUUUUGAACAGUGGUAGCGCGAGUGGUGGUGCGGCUGGGCAGGUGCAUUACCUGGAUACUGCGACGAUGCAGAAUGCGGGCGGCCUCACGUGGUCGACUUCGACGGCGGGUGUGGCUCAGGCGAGACAGGCGGUGGCUGCCAGUAUUGGCGCUGCGCCUGCUGGCUCUGCUUCUGCCCCUGCCUCGGCUGCGAGCCCCGUCCAGGCUCCGUCUGCCCCCGCAUCGGCUUCUGCUUCCGCUGCUAGUGAGUCGCCCUCGGUCGAGUCGAAGCCGGACGUCGCUGCCCCGACUCCGUCCUCGUCUCCUGCUGAGGCUUCCCCGAACACGGACAACUCGCAAACCACCCCGCCUGCCACGCGCGGCUCGAACCACACGGGCGCCAUCGCAGGCUCGCUCCUCGGCGCCGCCGCCGUCGCGGCUGCCAUCGGUGGGAUCUACGCCUACAGGAAGCGCAAGGAGGCGGAUGCCUACAACAAGGGCCGUCAGGACGCCGGCCAACGUACCGCCGACUCGUCGUUCCCUCACGAUGAGGAGAAGUACGCGGGCGCACACGCACCCUACGUGUCGAACCUGCUGAGGUCCGACGAGGCCGGUGCGCCGCUCGCCGGCGGGUGGGGGGCACGUCUGAAGCGUGCUGCUAGCACCUUGACCAAGCCUCACUCUGCAGGCGCAGGGGACAAGUACACUGCUGCGCCCCAACCAGUGGUGACGAUGCGCAGCACUGCACCGCGGGCUGCUGCGAUGCAGUCCAACGCCGAGCUGCCGGACGAUUUUAUCACCUCUGUCGUGGGUGCCGAUGACGAGACGCCCUACUCGCUGGGGCGGGGCGACCUGGUGCUGCCGACGCCGCACACCGACGAGGCGCUGCGUGGCGGCGAGAGCAAGCUGUUCGCCCUGCACGCCAACACCUCGCGCGUGUCGCUAGCGACGGUUAGUUCGCUCGGCUCCGGCAGUGCCGCUGCCGCCUCGCACUUUUCCUACCCGUACCUCGCCGGUAUGCACCGCGGAGCCUCACCCCGCUCCGACCACGGCGUGCAGCGGGUGCGUGUGAUCCUGGGCACGCCUGAGAGCGCGUACGACCAUGUCCACAUGUCGCCCGGCGACAUCGUGUCGCCGUUCCACCUGCCGCACAACCCGCAUGCCAGCCCGGAGAGUCUGUUCCUUGACUUCCACAAAGACCACGACGAGGACGACGAGGACUUGGAUACGAAUGUGGCGGAAAAGGGGGCGUCGGUCGCCCCCGCAGCUAACGUGGUUGGUGCGGAGGCGCGGACACCAAUGUUUCCCUGGUCGACACCAGUGAUUGCUACCCCGCCGCCGGCAAGGAUCAGUGCCGGGACCACCGCAAGAGGCGUGUCGAUGCUCAGGGCGAAGCCGACGAGCUUGCACGUGACUAACGAUAUCUAG